CUGGAGAGAAUGGGUUCGAAGGCGUCAGGGAUUGACUUCGGUGUUUAUUCGGAAUAAAUGAACGCAAGAAGCCCCUUUUCCUAUUGUUGUGUGGGAUGUGAACGUGUUUGCCGUGUGCAUUCAGACGACAGCUCAGAGAUAACGCGCCUGGACCUUUCUUCAUGGCUAGACAUCUAUUCGUCUACAACGGCGUGUCACUGUGUUGUGUCAGAUAGGGUGGCCCAGCUUUGUGAAUUUGGUGUGAAGGCCGAAGGCGGACUUGACCAGCAAGGUGGCUGAUAAAGGGGAGAUAAGAUGGGGUCGGGAUUCAGGAGCGAAGAGAUGUGCCUGGCGCAGUUGUUUCUGCAGUCCGGUUCAGCGUACGACUGCAUCAGCGAGCUCGGAGAAAUGGGUCUGGUCGAAUUCCGAGAUCUCAACCCCAGUGUCAGCUCGUUCCAGCGCCGCUUCGUCAAUGAGAUCAAGAGGUGCGAGGAGAUGGAGAGGAUUCUGGGCUAUGCCUUAAGAGAAAUCAGAAAAGAAAACAUCCCUGUGCCUGAGUGUGACGACAGCCCAGUGGCCCCGGCCCCUAAGCACGUCCUGGAGAUUAUGGAACAACUGCAGAGGCUGGAGGUGGAACUCAGCGAAGUGUCGAAGAACAAGGAGAAGCUCCAGCGGAACCUUCUGGAACUCACAGAGUACACGCACAUGCUGCGCAUCACACGUGGCUUCGUGCACAGCCGAUCCCGGCAUGAAGCCCUGGGGCCUCAGUAUGAAGAGUUUCCCUCCCUGGAGACGGACACUGCCACCGGCUGCACCAGCAUGCAGAGGCUCGGAGCCAAGCUAGGGUUUGUGUCUGGCCUGAUCCAGAGGGUGAAGAUGGAGGCGUUUGAGCGGAUGCUGUGGCGCGUGUGCAAAGGCUACACCAUACUCAGCUACGCAGAGGUUGACGAGAGCCUCGCCGAUCUAGACACGGGGGAGAUCAGUAAAAAUGUGGUGUUCCUCAUCUCAUUCUGGGGUGACCAGAUAGGCCAGAAGGUUCAGAAGAUUUGUGACUGUUACCACUGUCACCUCUACCCACACCCGGAGACGGAUGAGGAGAGGGCUGACGUGAUGGACAACCUAAAGACACGCAUCCAGGACUUGCAUAAUGUGCUGCACCGCACGGAAGAUUACCUGAAACAGGUGUUGCAGAAGGCAUCAGAGGCUGCCUACUCCUGGGUAGUACAGGUUAAGAAGAUGAAGGCUAUCUACCACAUCCUCAACCUCUGCAGCUUCGACGUCACCAACAAGUGUCUCAUCGCUGAGGUCUGGUGCCCCGUCAGCGACCUGGCAGAGCUACGCAGGGCACUGGAGGAAGGCUCGAGAAAAGGCGAUGCCCCGGUGCCCUCCUUCGUCAACCGUAUCCCUAGCAACGACACGCCCCCGACCCUCCUGCGGAGCAACAAGUUCACGUCAGGCUUCCAGAGCAUAGUGGAGGCCUAUGGGGUGGGGGACUACAGAGAGGCCAGCCCAGCUCCUUACACCAUCAUCACGUUCCCCUUCCUGUUCGCGGUGAUGUUUGGGGACCUGGGCCACGGUGUCAUCAUGGCCCUGUUUGGCCUGUGGAUGGUGCUGACCGAGAAGAGCCACAAACGGAAGCGCUCUGGAAAUGAGAUCUGGAACACAUUCUUCGAUGGGCGCUAUAUUAUCCUGAUGAUGGGCCUCUUCUCCAUAUACACCGGCCUCAUAUAUAAUGACUGCUUUGCCAAGUCCAUCAACAUCUUCGGCUCUGGAUGGAGUGUCCGAGCCAUGUUCACAGAGCAGCAGUGGAUGAAUGAAACACUCAGAACGAAUGCUAUGCUCACUCUGGAUCCGAAUGUUUCUGGGGUAUUCAAGGGACCUUACCCAUUUGGAAUAGAUCCGAUUUGGAACCUAGCUGUGAAUCGUCUGUCUUUUCUGAACUCUUACAAGAUGAAGAUGUCCGUCAUCCUGGGUGUCAUUCAUAUGACCUUUGGAGUUGUCUUAAGUGUAGUCAACUAUCUGCAUUUCCGGCAGAAGUACAAAGUCUACCUGCUUUUCCUGCCGGAGACGCUCUUUCUGCUGUGUCUGUUUGGCUACUUGGUGAUCUUGAUCUUCUAUAAGUGGCUGGCGUACUCUGUGCGAGACUCCCAGUCCGCCCCCAGCAUCCUCAUACACUUCAUCAACAUGUUCCUCAUGCAGGAAAGCGGAGAAGCACUCUAUCCAGGCCAGAUAGGGCUGCAGAUCUUCCUGUUGAUUGUGGCUCUGUUGUCAGUGCCCGUGAUGCUGCUGGGGAAACCACUAUACCUCUACUGGCUCCAUCACGGGGGCAAGACCCUCGGUGCUCACAGGGGCUAUGAGAGGGUGCGUCGGGUGAGUGAGGAGGAUCUGUCUCCCUCAAUGCUCCACGACGAGGAGGAGGGACUCAGCGACCCCCCGUCUGGUGGAGGGCCAAAACAGUUUGACUUUGGUGACGUGUUCAUGCACCAGGCCAUCCACACCAUUGAGUACUGCCUGGGCUGCAUCUCCAACACAGCCUCCUACCUGCGACUCUGGGCCCUAAGCCUUGCCCACGCACAGCUGUCGGAGGUGCUGUGGGAGAUGGUGAUGCGUGUGGGUUUCCGGGUGCCCUCCAGGCUGGGCCUGCUGUUCCUGGUGCCGGCCUUCUCCAUCUUCUCUCUGCUCACCGUCUCCAUCCUGCUGAUCAUGGAGGGGCUCUCUGCUUUCCUACACGCCCUCCGACUGCAUUGGGUUGAGUUCCAGAACAAGUUCUACAGUGGGCAAGGAAUCAAGUUUGCACCGUUUGACUUUGCUCUGCUACCUUCCAUCUUCGAACAAGACGGACUGCUGUGAAAUACACCUGCAUAGGACUCUGUAAUCAGCAGGGAGCCAGGAGGAUAAUAUGGUUAUUGCUGUUGACCAUAUAUGGUUAUUGCUGUUGACUCCACAAUGCUGCAGAUUUCUACCAUCAAGACGUGAUUUUAUACUUACUGUAUGACCACCGGCUGCACCAAUGCCUUCGACAGAAGCAUCCAUAUCACGCUUAUUUGGAAAACGAUGAUAAUCUCUCAUAGUUCCGUGAAAAAAAGAAGCAAAAUGUUGUUCAAAAUGGUCAAAAAACACAUUUUUGUGUCAGUUGCCACACAUAAUAUUGCAUACUCUUUGACCAGUUUUAGAUUGCUAUAACGUUUUCUGCUUUUUAACAAAUAUUUAGAUUAUUUUCCCAAAUAGACGGGGCCAAAACCAUUAUGGAAUAAUUGGGCUCAGGCUAAUGUAUUAUUCUGUGUGGUCAUAUCAAACUUUAAAGCAAGUGCCAUAUAGGCCUGUUAUUCAAUGGGUGGGCUUCAGUGCUGCAAUGAAUGUGAUUGAUUGUACUUCAAACUAUGAAGAGGAUUCCUCUGGAUUGCCAUAUAUUUAUUGUACACCUCAAAAUUAAGUGAAGAAAAACAUGAUAUUUUGCACAAAAGAGAUGUGAUAAGGAAAGUCGGGUAAGUCAAACACUGUAGCAACAUUAUGGAUUUUGGGGGUUCUUUUGUAGAAAUGUAAUAAACUGGCAUACACAGAGGCAAUUGUGAUAAUAAAAAUAUGCUGAAAUUGGUUGAAACUA